AUGAACCGAGAAAAUCAAACUUCACGAUCUGUAAGAGAGAUUUCAUCGGUACGAAAACGAUCAUCAUCGAUUCCAUCGAAACCACACGAUCCACUGUUUGUUCGCACACCUAAACUACAACGACGACCGAUAUCUUUAUAUGGAAGGAUAUUUGAACUGGAAACCAAUGUUGAAGAUUACGCAGAAAUAUGGGAUCAAAAUGCUGAGUUAUCCACAAUUUUCCAAUCGAAAUCCAAAUCAGAUUCUACUCAUUUUGAGCAACAUCAAAAUGAAACAUUGAACAAAAAAUGGAAUCGAAAAAGCGCGGCUACAUUUGAUUCUGCUCACGUUGAAUCCACCGUUGACAGUGAAACUCAGUCAUCCAUACAUUUAUCCUCUUCGUAUCAAAUCACUGACUUAAUCAAUAAUCUAAAUCAAAUCCAUAACCAGUUAGACGAUAUCACAAAGCGACGAGCCAGUCGAAUAUCGAACGAAACUGAAUACGUACUUAUACGCAUUCUGAACGAAACCAAAGAGAAACAACAACGAUUACUAGCCUAUGCCAAAGAGCGACAAUGCGAACAGGAUGAAAUUUACCAAAAAUUAUUGCAAGAUUAUAUCGCACAAUUAGAUGAAAGAAAAGCGAAGGAACUCGCUGAUUUACAGAAACAAUUGCAGAGUUAUCGAGAUGAAAUUCUCGAGGAAUCUCAAGUGAAGGUGCGAACGGUCAACGAUCAAGCAAAUACACUGAAAUCCAAAAUUCUCCACGAGGAACAACAGCAGAUUUCAAUGAAAGUCAAUUCGCUCAUUUCACAAAUUCAGAAAGCGUCCAUUGAUGAUUCUACUCAACCAUUCGGUAGCGAAAUCCAAACAGCGACAAGCAUCACCACCAAUGCUACUGUCGGAACUAAAUUGAACAAAUAG